AUAUCUAUUUCAAUUUAGGAUAUAAGUUUUCUUUCUUAUAUUCAAUAUUUCAUGGUUGUAGAAGUAUUAGCAGAAGUAUUUUUUCAAUUCACGUGUAUGUUUUUAUUGCAUCAAGAGGUUAUAAUCAGUUAUUUUUAUUUAAUCUGAAAUGGAACAAAACUCUACUGUUUCUUUUAUAAGUACUCCUGGUUUUUGUUCUGAUUGUGGAUCAAUUUUACCAUUAUUAGGUGAUAAAGGAAAUGUAACAUGUUAUGCUUGCAAAAGGAUAUGGGGUCCUGAAGCUUUUGGAGAUAUGUCAAUGUCUUAUACUAUUCAUUUUAAUAAGACAAAUGUUUAUGCUCUAUCAAAACAAAAUGACGAAAAAGAAGAAGCAGAAGGACCAAUUGUUGAAAGAAAAUGUCCUCAAUGUCAAAAUGAUAAAAUGUCAUACGCUACAUUGCAAUUGAGAUCAGCAGAUGAAGGACAAACAGUAUUUUAUACAUGUACUAAGUGCAAAUUUAAAGAGACAGAGAAUUCAUAAUAUAAAUUUUUAUUGUACAUUUUAAUUUGUACAUUCAACGUUCCUUAUUUAAUUGAUUGGUAAAUGAUCAUCAAAACAUAACACUCUGUGUUAAUAAAACAUAGAGCUUUAUUCAUAAUACACUUAACAAAUAUCAAUGAAUAGAUAAUAAUAAUAAUAAUAAUAAUAAUAAUAGUAAUAGUAAUAAUAAUAAUAAUAAUAGUAAUAAUAAUAAUCAUUAUUAUAAUAAUUUUAUGUAAUACUGUUAAUUUAUCAUUACAUUCUUCGUAAUUAUGCAUGGUUGAAAAUUUUGUAAUAAUGUAUUUUUAUUGUAUAUAUUUGAUUAAAUAUUUUGUACAAUAUAUUGGAAUAAAAGAUUAACAAUUAGUUUGAGAAA